AUGAAGCUCUCUCUUUCGUUUAAGUUCGCCGCGCUCGCGCAGUCCCUCUUCGUGCUCUCCGCACUCGCCACGCCCAACCCCAUCGCUGGUAGCUCCACUGUCUCCGUUCGCGACCCUGCUAUCUGGUACAGCUCCGACGCUAAGAAAUACUACGUCUUUGCCACGGAUGGGAACAUCACGACCUGGACUUCUUCAUCCUUGACAGGACCAUGGACGAACGCCGGUGCUGCCCUCCCGGGCUGUUCAUCCAUCAACCUCGGCGGCUCGAGCUGUGUCUUGUGGGCACCAGACGUCAACUUCCAGAACGGACAAUACGUCUUGUACUACGCCAGCUCCGCACUCGGCAGCCAGAACUCUGCCAUCGGCGUCGCAACCUCUUCCUCUCUUGAUCCCGGAACCUGGACGGAUCACGGAGCCGUGAUCACUUCCAAAGACGGCGAUGCCUACAACGCCAUCGACGCGAACCUGAUCAACGCCGACGGCCUCAAGCUCUCCUUCGGAUCCUGGAACGAAGGAAUGUACCAAAUCAGCCUCUCAGACGUCUCGACGCCCUCCUCGUCCCUCCCGGGCUCGCACCUCGCCGGCUCCGGCGCGCGCCCCGCAGAGGGCGGGUUCGUGUACAAGCCCGCGGGGUCUGACUUUUACUACUUCUUCUUCUCGUACGGGAUUACGCCGCUUGUGGGCGCGACGAGCAGGCCGGCGGCGGGGACGGAGUAUCGGGUGCUUGUUGGGCGCAGCUCGGUUGUUGGGGGGCCGUAUGUGGAUGCGGAUGGGCAGGAUUUGACGGUGGAUGUUGAUCCGCCUACUGGGACUGUUGUGCUUGCUACGCACGACAAUGUCUAUGCACCGGGCGGUCAGAGCGUGUUCCUCGACCCCGUUAGCAACAGGGAUGUCAUUGUGUACCAUUACAUCCCGAACGACGCGGCCGUCGGCGGACCGUCGUACCUGGGCAUCAACUACCUCGACUUUAGCAGUGGUUGGCCCGUACUCGUCGAUUGA